UGUUUGACAACUACAUCUAAACCGGAGGAGGAAGAAGACGCAUCCGUGUCGAAGAAGAACAUUUUAGUGUUGUGCUUCCGUAGCUGUAAUCUAUGGACAAGAAUGUAGAUUGGAAACAGACGUCGUACUGUAUUGUGUUGGAUAAAAAGAGCCAGUCUAGAUUCCUUUGUUACACACACAGAAAAAAACGGAAUAUUUUAUAUUUGGUAAGUCGUUUGACAACUACAUCUAAACCGGAGGAGGAAGAAGACGCAUCCGUGUCGAAGAAGAACAUUUUAGUGUUGUGCUUCCGUAGCUGUAAUCUAUGGACAAGAACGUAGAUUGGAACCAGACGUCGUACUGUAUUGUGUUGGAUAAAAAGAGCCAGUCUAGAUUCCUUUGUUACACACACAGAAAAAACGGAAUAUUUUAUAUUUGUUUGACAAAUGCUGCUGAUGUUUGGAGCACAGGAUAUACUGAGGACACAUUGACCCAGUUUAGACAGAGGUUUGCCUUGAAAUCUACAGAGGAUUAUAUUCUAAAACUGAGGUUAGCCUGUAGCAGUGGGGAUGUGUCUGUUGUGGUGCAUGACACCGGGGCAGAGCUCCAUAUGGGCUCAGGUCCAGGUAAUCAGAGUGUGACCCUGUCCAAGCUGGAAGGCCCACAGGCCACAGAGGAACUGAAGGAGCUGCUGUUCAGGAUGGCUGACAGUCUCAUUCAGCUUGAAAGUUCCCCCUCAGGUAGUCUAGUGAAAAAUCACCAAAGGCGUCCCACAGAGUUUGAGCCCCGGUGGCAGCAGAGCAGUGCUCCAUCAGUCACGGUGAAGAGACGACUUCCAGGAGCUUCGCUCAUCAACCCCGGAACCAAAAAAAAGCUGCAGGCGACUGGCGUAGCCUUCGAUGAUGUGGGUGAAGACUGAUCCUGUGACAGCACACAGCUUAUCCUCUGUGUUUCCAUGUUGCUGCUGCUCACGCAACGAGGAACAUUUUUUAAUCUGUUAACAUGACACUAUGAAAUCAAUUUCUGUCUUAAAUUACAGCUUGUAUCAUACCAUUCAUACUGAAAUCAAUGAUUUUAAAUGUAAUUUUACUCUGUCAGUGCGACGAGUGUCUUAAUUUCAGGCCUUCCUCAUGAAUAACCCUGUAACUUUUAACAUGUGGUUGAAUUAAAUUUUAAAUGGAAGUGAAAUAAAGAACAUGGACUAUCAGCAAAUUAUUCUUGACCGUAAAGCAGCAAAGUUCAUCAACACACUGUUCUUUAGCUGUGCUGACUAUACUCAAGGACAGGGCCAGAGACUUAGUUUUCCAUGGGACCCAUCUCCA